AUGAACAUCACUUCGAAGUACCAGCAGGUCCAGGGCCAACAGCCUAUCAACCUUCAGAACAGAUACAUCUCGUUACAAUCGAAUCUGUCGCAGCAAAACCAGCAACAGCAACAGCCCCAGUCUGCCAACGACUUGUUUUUGCAACACCAACGACAACAGCAAAUCAACGACUCUUCUAUUAUUAACAAUCCUCUAUACCAACAGCAACAGCUCCAACAAUCCCAAUCCCAAAACCAAAACCAGCAACUGGUUAUUUCUCCCAACUUAUACCAACUCAACAGCAACAUCAAUACUCCCACAAAUGCUCAGUUACUACAACAAUUACAACAGCAACAACAACAGCAACAACAACAGCAAACCCCAAACUCGGCUAUCAAUCAAAACAACCCAAUGGCGAAUCAGCUAAAUAACCAACUCAAUGGCCAACUCAAUGGCCAUGACGAUAUAACUACCACCAACAAUAUCAAUCAAUAUUCGAUUCAAUUAGAACCUUCAUUAGCACAAUCUUCAUAUUGGCAACAACAAUUAUCACUUGUCUCUCAAUCAAGAAAAUCAAUUGCCCCUCAUAUUUAUGCUAACACAUCUCUAUCUAACGCUAUUACAUCUUCUGAUAUGUUUAGAAUGAUCAACCCUUCUUCUUUAGUAGAUUUGACAAGAGAUAUAUUGGAUAAACAGGCUGAAAUAGAAUUCACUUUAAAAAAACAACAAUCUUCAAAUAACAAUACUACAUUUGUAAAAAGUUCACAUAGUUUAGAUGACGAGGAAAUUGUUGAAAAACAAAGAAGAAUGACAAGCAAAAAACAGCCAAUUGAUCCAAAUCAAUCUUGGUUCUCUUUAGAUUUCUCUGGUCAGGGUAUUUAUAAUUUAUCGGCUACUUUUUUUACAAAUUAUAAUUUUUUAACAAAGUUAUUUUUAAAUAAUAACUUUUUGAAAUCAAUUCCUAAAGAAAUUUCGAAUCUAAAAUGCUUAAGAGUAUUAGAUUUAUCUAAAAACCAAUUAACUAGUCUACCAAAGGAAUUAGGUUUACUAUUUGAAUUAAGAUUUUUAUAUUUGUUUGAUAAUAAAUUAACCACCCUUCCUGCUGAAUUUGGAAAUUUUUACGAGCUUGAAUUUUUAGGAGUAGAAGGUAAUCCAAUGGAUAUGGGCCUUGUUAAAAUUUUAGCCGAAGAAGGCACCAAAGAGCUAAUUGUUUAUUUAAGAGAUAAAGUUUUGGUUUUAGAUCCUCCAGCAAAAAGAAAAUGGGUCAAGUUAAAUAAUGAUGGCGAAAUUGCUGAAGAAGAAGAUUAUGAUGGUGAAAAGGAAAUCUUGCCUAAUAUGUCAAAGGAAGACCAAGACUAUGAAAACGAAUUUUUCAGUGUAUUGAGUUACAAUACUUUAUGUCAACAUUAUGCAACUAGUUCAAGAUAUAAAUACACUCCAUCCUGGGCGUUGGAUUGGGAUUAUAGAUUGGAAUAUUUGAAAAAAGAAAUUCUAAAUUUAAAUUCAGAUAUUGUCUGUUUACAAGAAGUUGAGACAAAUACAUUUGAGCUUUUCUGGGUUCCUUUAAUGGAAAAACAUGGCUAUAAAUCAUAUUUCAGUUGCAAAACUAGAUUCAAGACAAUGGCACCUGCAUCAGCUAAAAAAGUGGAUGGAUGUGCUAUCUUUUACAAGACCAGAAAAUUUCAAUUGCUUGACAAAUCAACGAUUGAAUUUACUAGCUUUGUAAUGAGCCAUAACAAUUUUAAAAAAACAGAUGAUAUUUUCAAUAGAUUCAUGAAUAAAGAUAAUGUGGCAAUAGUUGUCUAUUUGCAACAUAAAUUUACGGGAAACAAUCUUAUUUUAUCAAAUACUCAUUUGCAUUGGGAUCCAAACUACAAUGAUGUGAAAGCAAUGCAAAUCACAGCGCUAUUAGAUGAAUUGCAAAGAUCAGUUAAAAAAUACACCAAUCUGUCCUCUAAAGAAGCAAUGAAUAAAACUCCAAUUGUCAUUUGUGGUGAUUUUAAUUCUCAAACCAACAGUGCAGUCUACCAGUUAUUGUCAUCAGGCACUGUUAAUAAACAUAAGGAUUUAGAAGGUAGAGAUUAUGGGACUUUCACAAAUGAAGGAUUUACACAGCCCUUUAACUUGAGAUCCACAUAUGAUACAAUCGGAGAGUUGCCUUUCACUAACCACUCUGCUGGAUUUAUAGAUGUUAUUGAUUAUAUCUGGUAUUCAACUCAAACACUAAACGUUAAAGGUUUAUUGGGCAAGAUCGACGAGAAGUACUUGGAAAAUGUGAUUGGCCUUCCAAAUGCACACUUUCCUUCUGAUCAUAUUCCUUUGGUUGCAAAAUACUCUUUCAAAAAGAAUCUCAGAAACUCAUCUAUCAACUCCGGAAACUCUGGUUUUAAUAGAUCAAGGAAAACAUAA